AUGUCGGGUCUUUUUUCAAAGAACAAUAUACCCGAAUACCCGGGUAAAGGCCCACCCGAAUUCCCCUUUCAACCCAAAACCGAACCACCUUCAUUUCCUAAAGAGAAUCCAACAAUUCCAAUCCAAGAACCCGAAAUAGACCCUAGUGUACCACCUGAAAUAGUUACCGAUCCUUCUCGGAUUGACCCGUUUCCAAAUCCAAACCCGAAACCGGAUGGUCCAAAACCCCCGCUAUCACCUCCUGGAAAAGAUAUGCCAUUCCCGAAACCGGAUGAAGUACCGCCACUGCCUCCACGACCACCGGAGGUUGUUCCACCGUGUCCUCCUGGUCCUGAGAUUGUGCCUCCUGGUCCUGAGAUUGUGCCGCCGCCGUCGACUCCACCGCCACCAACAGGACCAAGUAUUAUUCUAUAG